AGAUUAUGUAGCUUUAUAAGCAAGUGUGCUGAACUACGUGAAAUAGAGAAAACUUUAUCAUUAAAGACUGAAAAUUAUGAAAAAGAGUUAGAAAUGCUUCAAAACAAAUUGGAUGAGCAAGUUAAAGAAUUGGAGAGACUUCGUUUGGAAAGCACUCGUGCACAGGUAAUUAAGGAAGUCGAAGAAGCGCAAACACAAACAGAACUUGAAAUUGACGAAAAGGCAUUUCUUCAAACUGACACCUCCACAUCAAAGCAGUUUGAGAACAAAUACAUCUCUGAAAACGAAAAACUUGAUGUGUUUCCUCUUCUUAAAAAUAAAAUUGACAUUGAUGUACUCAAUAUACAACCUAAUGAAGCAAAUGAAGUAUCUAAACGUAAACGGCAUGUGGAAUUUGUUGUAGAUACAGAUAAUUGCGAUCAACCAUUUAAGAAGCCAUGCUCCGAAAGAAAUUUCGUAAAUCAGAUGUAUGUUGAACAUGAUAAUGACUUAUCACUGCCAUCAUCUAUGGAAAGUUCACAAAAUAGUAUAAUUUGUUGCGAUGACAACAUUGGAAUCUCGAAAAAUUCAAAAUAUGAGAAUAGUUUUACUGGAGAUAUUGUUGUGAACGAAACUGAUGCUAAGGAAUUAAUGAAUGUAGAGAAAAAUUUAAAAAACCUCCAAGUUUUUGAUUAUGAGAAUGUUAUGAACGCUGCAAGUAAGGAGGAAGAGAUUCAGAAACAAGAAGAUUUAAGCUUGGAAACUCCUCCCAAAGAACAGUAAAUUUGCUGGAAUUUUAUUCGCUAUCUAACGAAUUGGAUUAAUUUCA